UGAGCGAUUGAGAGAGAGAGAGAGUAAGAGAGAAAGAACGGGGGAGAGAGGGAUGCGCGGAGACUGGAGCAGCCGAGCUUGAACGCUGAGACGACUGUGCGCGCAGCGCUCCAACGGAUCGGUGCAGUGUGAACGCUGAAGAAGACGGGGGCCCCUUCCAUCCCACCUCAGGCUGCAGUGACACUGUCUUAUUUUUUUCUGUCCACCCCCCCGCUGGGAGCUCAGGGGGGAGAGUGUGGUCCUCCACCUCGCCAAAACCACCACUCCUAAGCCUGGCGGCGUGGUGCGGUGCAGCGCGGCUCGGCACGCAGGAAACAUUUGAUUAAAGUUCACGCUGAUGGAUUUAAGCGGGAACGACAGCGGACCUAAAUCACGUCUAGAGCGUUAGCGGACGACAGGAGCUGCAUGAUUAGUUCCAGGCUGGUGGCGGACGAGUGAGCUGGAAAAGUAUUUUUUCUGUGUAUAAGUCAAAAUUACAUGUUCAGUGUCUGAUACUGAGCUGGACAUAUUUGAAGAUUGCCUUGAGGGGGUUAAAAUGCCCAGUUCUGAGGCGCUGGAUUCCAGAAAGGCACCCUCAGCGCUCUCCUCCUCCCCUUCCUAACUGACUCUGGCUCAUUGUGAAAGUCGUCCUCGACCUGAUCGGAUACCAUGACCCCGUGUCACCACCUCCUCCCCCUAGUGGUGCUCCUCCUCUUGGACCACACCGUACCUCUGCCCAUGGGCGAGGGCGGGCAGAAUGUCACCGAUGUGGCAGAUGUCAGUUAUUUCAACGAGACCUCAACGCCACAGACAGACGCCCCCGUCGCCACGACGCCACAGACGGACGGCAAGAUUCUGCACCGCACCAAACGCGGGUGGAUGUGGAAUACGUUUGUCGUGAUGGAGGAGUAUACCGGAAGCCUUGACCAGUAUGUGGGCAAGGUAGGGACUCUGCAUUCGGAUAAAGAUAGAGGCGACGGCAGCGUGAAAUACGUCCUUAUAGGUGAUGGUGCUGGCGUGGUGUUCGAGAUCAACGAGACGUCGGGCGACAUCCACGCCAAGAAGCGCCUGGACCGCGAGGAGAAGGCCUACUAUGUGCUGCGAGCCCAGGCCGUCAACCGGCGGACAGGCCAGCCCCUGGAGGACUGGUCCAACUUCACCAUCAAGAUCCACGACAUCAACGACAACGAGCCCAAAUUCUCCAGAGACACGUACCAGGCUACUGUGCCUGAGAUGUCCGAAGUGGGUACAAGUGUGAUCCAGGUUACAGCAACAGACGCUGAUGAUGAGGACUAUGGGAACAGUGCCAAGCUGGUCUACAGUAUACUGGAGGGGCAGCCAUAUUUUUCUGUUGAUGCCAACACUGGCGUCAUCCGGACAUCCCUGCCCGACAUGCAAAGGGAGAACCGGGAGAAGUACCAGGUGGUGAUCCAGGCCAAGGACAUGGCCGGCCAGAUGGGGGGUUUGUCUGGGACCACCACCAUUAAUGUCACCCUGCUGGACGUCAAUAACAGCCCCCCUCGGUUCCUCCAAACUGGCUACCGUCUCGAGGUGCCAGAGUCGGCAAAGGUGGGAUCUCAGGUGGGACGAGUGAAAGCCAACGAUGCGGACAUCGGGAAGAAUGCUGAGAUGCGCUACCGGAUCGUUGGUGAUGACAGGCGCAGUGGGCACGACGGGAGUGACAUGUUCGACGUGUUCACGGACGGCGCCACGCAAGAGGCUGUUAUUACUGUGAAGAAGCCUCUUGACUACGAGACCAAGCGGCAGUACCAGCUGAAGGUGGACGUGACCAACACGGAGCUGGAUCCACGCUUCCUCCACCUGGGCCCUUUUACUGACCGGGCCACCGUACACGUGGCAGUGAAGGACGCGGACGAGCCCCCGCUCUUCACGCGGAACCCCUACAUCAUCGAGGUGCAGGAGGACACACCCGUGGGCAGCUCCAUCGGCUCCGUCACCGCCCGUGACCCCGACGCCGACAACCACCCCGUCAGAUACACCAUCGACAGGUACACGGACCUGGAGCGCCUCUUCAACAUCGACCCCAUCAACGGAACCAUCUUCACCCUGCAGCCCCUGGACCGCGAGCUAAACAAGUGGCACAACAUCUCAGUGGCUGCAUCAGAGAUCAAGUUUGGUUCUCCCAAGAUAAGCCCAAAUAAUGCUGGUCAGAUAACACGAGUCCCCGUGUUCAUCAAAGUCAUGGACAUCAACGACAAUGCUCCUGAGUUUGCUAUGUUUUACGAGACCUUUGUCUGUGAAAAUGUUAAAGCUGGCCAGCUGAUCCAGACCAUAAGUGCUGUGGACACUGAUGAGCCUCUGGUUGGUCACAAGUUUGUGUUCAGUCUCAGCACCAUCAACCCCAACUUCACUAUUGUUGACAAUGAAGACAACACAGCGCGGAUCUUGACACGUCGCGGCGGCUUCAGUCGGCGGGAGACUAGCUCGUACACGCUGCCAGUGGUAAUCUCGGACAACGACUACCCCAUCCAGAGCAGCACCAGCACCUUGACGGUGCGUGUGUGCGCGUGCGACAGUCGUGGGAACGUCCAGUCGUGCAGCACCGAGGCCUUAUUGCUGUCCGCUGGUCUCAGCACCGGAGCGCUGGUGGCCAUACUGCUGUGCAUUAUCAUCCUACUCAUGAUCGUGGUGCUGUUUGCUGCCCUGCGGCGUCAGCGUAAGAAGGAGCCGCUGAUCAUCUCCAAGGAGGACGUGCGCGACAACGUGGUCAGCUACAACGACGAGGGUGGCGGCGAGGAGGACACGCAGGCCUUCGACAUCGGCACGCUGCGCAACCCCGAGGUGAUGGAGGCCAACAAGCUGCGCCGCGACAUCCUCCCCGAGAUGCUGUUCCCGUUCCGCCGCGCCUCACCCAUCAAGGACAACGCCGACAUCCGGGACUUCAUCAGCGGGCGUCUGGCGGAGAACGACUCGGACCCCACGGCACCGCCCUACGACUCGCUGGCCACGUACGCCUACGAGGGCAGUGGAUCGCUGGCGGAGUCUCUGAGCUCACUGGAGUCGGCCGCCACCGAGGGCGACCAGGACUUUGAGUACCUUAGCCACUGGGGUCCGCAGUUCAGGAAACUGGCCGACAUGUACAUUGGCAAGGACACAGACAGAGAGGCCUGAAGCGGAGACAUCGAGGGGAAGGGAGAGGGGAAGAAAAGCCGUACGGAACUGGUCCACUCUUGUGUCUGUCAGAAGGGCCAGCCAAUCAUAAUACGCUUCGCCACCCGGCCCACCCUCCCAACACUCCACCCUCAUAUCGUAAAUACGGAGACUGGAAUAUAGCCUACUAUACUCCACUUCAAUUGACAGCGUAACCAGUCACUACUCUAAAGGAAUUUUUUCGUGUUUCUUUUUUUUUUCUUAUUCUCUCGAAAUCAGUAAAGAUGCCUUCGACUUGUAGGAGUACCUUGUGAACAAUGAUGUGGAAAAUGUGUUUUGUUACUACGGCGAGCGAUAGUAGUCUUGUUACUAUCUAUGUUUAUGGCAAAAAAAAGAAAAGAAAAAAAAACAAUAAAAAUAGGUUUUAUCAAAAACUAAAUUUGAAAUAAGUAUGUGUAUAAAAUGUUUUGCAGCUAUGGGCAUAAUGUAUACUAUUCAAUAUCUUUGUUUUGAGAAGCAACGUACCUGUGACCAGUACAGUACAAAUUCUGUCAAGAUGUGGACUCAUUUCAACUCAUAGAAGUAGACAUGUACAAAGGGAGUUUGCUGUGUAGAAUUUCACACUCAAGUCAUAUUGUUUGAAUGCUGAG